CAAUUAUGCUCUCCUAUCAGUAAAUAGCCCAGUAUAUAAGCCACCUAUUUUGUAAUUAUUUCAAAACAGAGCAAUAUGGAGCACUAUCGGAUAGUCCUUUACGCUGUCCUAUUUAUUAUUGCGCAGUGCGAUGCCGGUGUCUGCAAUCGGAAAAAUACUGUUAUAGAAGUUAGAAUUCCACAACGUACUAAUGUAAACGUAAAAUAUCCGCCUACAAAAAAUCCUGUGCAAUUCGUGCCGAAUCCAUUCGGUUCCGGAAGAAAUCCUUUUGGAGAAUGCUACACAUGCCAGAAAUCCGGUUGUAGCAGGUGUAAUCGAAAUGAAAAUAAAGCGCCAACCUCUCUACCUGGUUCUAGAACUAAUAUUAUAAUUGAUGUCGCUGGCUCUAAAUCGAAAACAGUACAAAUCACAAAGCCUAGUUCAACAUCACCAACUAAGAAGGGAACUCUAGUUGUUAUCCAAGGCACAUCUUCUGCAACUAGUGAUAGUAAAGCUGUAGCAAAUGGAACAAAUAACAGCGCUGCUGCAGCGGCAUCUACAUCAACUUCAAAUUCAGAAAUUGUAGCUGAUUUCACAAACGAAGAUACUGCUCCUGAUGGAAGUAAGAAGAAGACCGAAGACAUUUUCAUCGCAGAUAACUCACAAUCAAACUCAUCUGCGACAGCCUCUGCAGCUUCUAGUGAUCCUAAAAACGUCCCAAGUGCUCAAGCUAGUGCUCCUCUAAAUGGAACACCAAAAGCAUCAGCUUCAGCUGGAAAACCAAACAAAAGUUCCGAGAGCAGUAGUUCGAGUAGUGAAGAAGAUGAAGAUGAACCAAAGAACGAUAAACCAGACAAAAAAGAUGAUGAUAACUCCUCAGAGGAAUCAGAUAAAGAGAAAAAAACAAAGAAAGGCAAAGACGCAAAGCCGUCAUCAGAUGAAGAACCAUCAUCGGACGAAGACUCAAAGAACUCCAGUGAAGAAGACUCGGAUAAACCAGCGACAGAUAGGAAGCCUAAGAAUUCGGACAAAUCAAACAAAAAAAAGUGCCCAAAAGAUUCCGACGAAGAAGAUUCUAAGGAAUCGAAGAAACCAGAUGAUUCUAGCGAACCAAAUUCUGGUGAAGAUAAGAAAGAUCGGAAACCAAAAGAUUCCGACGAAGAAGAUUCUAAGGAAUCGAAGAAACCAGAUGAUUCUAGCGAACCAAAUUCUGGUGAAGAUAAGAAAGAUCGGAAACCAAAAGAUUCCGACGAAGAAGAUUCUAAGGAAUCGAAGAAACCAGAUGAUUCUAGCGAACCAAAUUCUGAUGAAGAUAAGAAAGAUCGGAAACCAAAAGAUUCCGACGAAGAAGAUUCUAAGGAAUCGAAGAAACCAGAAGAUUCUAGUGAACCAGAUUCUGGUGAAGAUAAGAAAGAUCGGAAACCAAAAGAUUCCGACGAAGAAGAUUCUAAGGAAUCGAAGAAACCAGAUGAUUCUAGCGAACCAGAAUCUGGUGAAAAUAAGAAAGAUUCGAAACCAAAAGAUUCCGGCGAAGAUCCUGAUAAAUCAGACGAAGACAAUGAUAAGGAUAAGAAGGAUGAUAAAGAUGAUAAAAAAAAGGAAUAACUAUUUAAAAAUCCUGCAGUUAUUAAGACCAAUACCACCAAAAGCGGAUGACAAUGUUUAUAAAUCAAUAUAUAAUUUGUACAAUUGAGGUAUUAUAAUUCAUUUUAAUAUCUCAAUUUACAUAUUAAAUGCUUUGGUGUGAUAUUCUGUACAUAUUCAAUAUGACAUAGAUAAUUAACUAAUUCAUUAGUAGGCAAAAAGGUGUAAAUAAAUAGUACCAUAUCAAUUAAUGAAGAACUGUAGCUUUAGCUGUUACAAAUAGUAACACAUUAAUUAUACAGGUUUUUAAUAAACCAAUACAAAAUAA